AGAUGUGGCUGCGAACGGCCGCCUUGCGGUGCUGGGGGAGGAAUGGAAUGGGAGCCCGGCGGCUCCUGUCCUCACAGAGCAAGGUGCCACAAAGACCCACAUGGAGCUUUGACCCGGAAACUGAUGUGCAGGUCUGUCAUGUAGCCCCAGAAGUUAUAGAUCAUCUGGAACAUUUGGCAUUGGUUGAUUUUCGAAACCAGGAGGGAGUCCAACGCCUGGAGAGAGCAAUCCAUUUUGCUAACCAGCUACACAGUGUUAAUACAGAUGGCGUGCAGCCAUUGGCAUCUGUGUUAGAAGACCGGGGACUGUAUAUAAGGAAUGAUACAGUGACCACUGGAAACUGCACAGAACUUCUUCUCGCUAAUGCGAGUGUUGUUGUGGAAGAUUAUUUUAUUGCACCUCCAGGAAACAUCCCCUUGCCACCACAGGAGAAUGUCUACUCUUCCAACAUGGACAAUCUGUAAUCCUUUAGGACUCUACAUUGAAAAGCAAAGAACGCAGGACUAGGAAAGUUCAGUUUUAUUAGGACAGCUACAGAUGUUUAUUUUAACUGAAACACUUUCAUAAUAAAGGGAAACACAUACAAACUUGA